AAUGAAUAAAGAAUACUCUGCGGUCCGCCCUAAUGCUGAAGUCGAUGACAGUCAGUGUAGCUCUGUCCAGCUUCUCGGUUCAGGAUCAAGUACUCUUCCAACUGAGCUUGUUCUCGAGAUAUUUGGCAAGUUGACGAAGGAAGAACUCCUCCGACUUCGUCUUGUGUGCACCACUCUCAAAGAAAUUGCCGAUUCAUUCGUCUUCAGAAGUAUCAAGAUGAUAAAUAGACGCACCAGGGGAGACGCUUGCAGGGAGAGGCUCCGAGCGAUCGCCUCCAAGAAAUCUCCAGCUACCCUCCAUACUGUUCAUCUCGACAUCGGCCAGCUUGUGGCACCUUCUCGGUCGUCAGGACCUAUCAAGACCGCGCGGUAUCAGAACCUUGAGAAUUGUUUGCGAGAGUAUCUGGAACCAGCAAUCUCUGCUCUUCCAAACCUGAGAUCUAUGUCCUGGAGUGUAGCGUGCUACGACUCGGCCUGGACAUACGAAGUCAUCCAGCGAGCUAUCUCCUCGAGAACCUCAUUGCAACGCUUGGACCUUACGAUAUCAAGGUUUACACCAGUGAUAGAGCGACUUCCACAUUUGCGCGACUGCCGCCUCAAAAUUGUACUCCCGUAUGACCAACCAGCAGUAGACGCAGUGACUACGCAGUCGGCACAGUUCAUCGCUCACAAUCACCAGAUCGAAAGGCUUGAAAUCGUAGCGGUCGAUCGUCAUCGUAUGUUCCAUCAACGAAUUAACCUACCGUCCCUUUUCGGGCAAAGUUCUGGUCAGCAUCCUCUCCAAUUGAAGAAGCUCGACCUCAAAGGGCUUGACAUGGCCAUUGAUGAGUCGACCGCUCCACAUCUACGUUCUCUCAAAGAACUAUCCCUGACGAUUCCAUACGUUUGGACCACCCCUAUGAUGCGUACCGCCUAUCUCUCGCUACCGCCACUCCUAGAUGCCGUUAUUCAUGUCGAGAGCCUCAGUCUUGAUUAUGUGAACAUGGACGUCCUCCGUUGCAUCGCAUCUAUGAAUGGCUUGGCCCGCCUGACCUUCAACUUUACUAGCGAGUCCAUGUCUGACGACGAGCGCGGCAACCUCGGGUCCCAGGAGGCAGACUUCUUCUAUGCCCAAGUGUUGAAACAACAUGCACAGUCUCUCGAGCACCUCUCCAUUGAUGCCAUACAUGAUGGUCCCUGGUCUAUCAACGAAGGGAAUGUCCAUGCGCUGCAAGAGUGCCAGAAUCUCAUCUCCUUACGCAUUCCCGUCAGCCGCAGAUGCGCUAUACGUGGAAAUACUAUGCGCCCCGUCAUCGAUGUCUUGGUCGCUCUUCCAAAACUAUCAUCGCUCUACCUGAACAUAAGACCCCGCUACGAUGUACCCGGCACGAUGAGGAUCCGUGCUAUAGAACAACUCCACACGAUGAUACUCAACCUUGGAACAUUGGACCCAAGCAGAAGCCCUAGGUCAAUCUGGAUUAUGGAUGUAGAGCAUCCUUUGCAACUCAACCUGAAGGGAGAGUAUCGAUAUGCAUGUUUACCAGCACAAGGAAGAUAA